GGGGAGACCCCUCAUUGUUUUGAGUUACUGACAGAUACUUUGGUGUAUUAUGUGGGAGAGAGCGACGUUCUGCUCCACAUGGUGGGCAUAAUAGAGCAGAUUCUGGAGACACCUGGUACAGAAUGAUCCGAAAAGCCCCUGAUGCCAGGCAUGGAUGAAAGCAGCACUCCAAAGAAGUCACCUCAAUCAAGUAUUCCAGGAGCAUAUCUUGAACCACAGCAAAAUCUGGAUAUCAGUCAUAUGUAUCAGAUCUUCCCAGAUGAAGUUUUGGGUUCAGGACAAUUUGGAAUUGUCUAUGGCGGCAAGCAUCGGAAAACUGGAAGAGAUGUUGCAAUAAAAAUUAUUGAUAAACUCAGAUUUCCAAGUAGACAAGAAAGUCAACUCAGAAAUGAGGUGGCCAUAUUACAGAACUUGCGUUCUCAUGGGGUUGUUGACCUUGAAGCUAUGUGUGAGACUCCA